AUGAAACUCUUCAGUCAGAUCGGACUUCUCAUGUGGAAGAACUGGCUUUUGCAGAAGCGGAGAAUUUGUGUAACCGUCUUUGAGGUUAUACUCCCGAUUCUUUUUGCCAUCAUUUUUAUCGUCAUACGCUUACUGGUGAAAGCUGAUGAGGUUCGCAAGGUUACAACUUAUGAACGAGAAAGCAUUGCUAACUUCUCAAGCUUGAAAGUAAAUGGAAUAAUUGGGUUUGCCCCCAACACAUCAGAGACAAAUGCGUUGAUGGAAACUGUCAGAGAUAUGAUAAUGAACUUUGACACUAAGAAAGGCAAUGGUGAGUAUUUAUGGUACAAAGAAAAUAGCGUGUUGAUUUUACAGAAUUUGAUCGGUCAAGCUUUAACCAAACAUUGGCUGUCUAAAGAAAACAAAGAUCCAGAUUCGGUACUAUUCGGAGCCUAUAUGCAGCGGAUGGCCUACCCGCCCUACUACAAUGACGGGAUGAUCCUCAUACUUCAGAAUGUGUUGCCUCUGUUCCUUAUACUUAGCUUUAUCUUGAGUGUCAUUAUAGGCAUUAAAAACUUAGUCUAUGAGAAAGAAAGAAAGCUCAAGGAGUCAAUGAAGUUGAUGGGUCUCACGUCAGCGGCCCACUGGAUCUCCUGGCUUCUGACACUCGGCGUCUAUCUGGUGCCAGCAAUGGCUAUCUAUGCAAUCCUGUUUGGCGUCAAGAUUGUUUCCGCCGGUGCCGUUUUGAACCACACAGAUCCCAGCCUCUUCUUUGUCUUUCUGCUGUGCUACUCGCUGUCAAUCAUCACCUUUUGUUUUAUGAUCAGUUCAUUUGUCCAGAAAGCAAACGUUGGAGCUAUCGUUGGUGGCAUCGUCUUUUUUGCGUUUUAUUUCCCUUACUACUUCAUAACCAAUAAUUAUGACGGAAUGAGCAAAAAUUCCAAGUUAGGAGCAAGCCUUCUCUUCAACUGCGCCAUGAGCCUGGGAGCAAACUGUAUCGGACUCUACGAAGGAACAGGGGCAGGGGCUCGGUGGAACAACUUUGACAAGCCAGCAACACCAGAUGAUAACAUCAGCAUGCUGGACUGUAUGAUAAUGCUGUUGGUUGACUCAGCAAUACACUUCCUCAUUGCCUGGUAUGUCGACAAUAUCAGUCCUGGAGAAUUUGGAGUGCCAAAACCUUUCUACUUCUGCUUUACGAAGUCAUACUGGUGUAGCAGCUCCACAAGCUCAAAUGAUGAGUAUGAGAACAGAAACAAACUAAGCAAAUAUUUUGAGAAGGAACCAACAGACAAAGAAGCUGGCAUACGUAUCUGCAACUUGAAAAAGACAUUUGGGCGGAAGGUUGCAGUAGCGGGAACAUCACUCAACAUGUAUAAAGGACAGAUAACUGUACUGUUAGGUCAUAAUGGAGCUGGAAAGACAACAACAAUGUCUAUGCUUACAGGUUUUAUUCCUCCAACAAGUGGCACAGCUUACGUCAACGACUAUGACAUCAGAAACAACAUCGCUGGUGUCCGCAGCAGUCUGGGCCUCUGUCCUCAGCAUGACAUCCUGUUUGAUACACUGACCGUUGAAGAACAUCUCCAUUUCUUUGCCAAGCUGAAAGGCUGCACCAGUUCAGAUAUCAAAUCACAGGUUGUGGAGGUUGCCAAUGAGGUCGGUUUGGAGUCUAAAAUAAAAGACCUUUCACAGAAUUUGUCAGGAGGCCAAAAAAGGAAACUGUCUGUUGGAAUAGCACUUAUUGGAGGAUCAAAGGUGGUGUUUUUGGAUGAGCCUUCAUCUGGAAUGGAUCCUGGAGCUCGUCGUCAGAUAUGGAAUGUGUUACAGAGAGCUCGACAAGGAAGAACUAUUGUGCUCAGUACUCACUACAUGGACGAAGCAGACCUGCUUGGGGACAGAAUCGCUAUCAUGGCUGAAGGAGUUAUCAAAUGUUGUGGCAGUUCCAUGUUUUUGAAAAAGUUUCCUUCGUGGAAACAGCAGAACUUGAAACCAUUAAUCAAUUCAGAAGUCUCUUACCUGCUUCCUGAUAACAUGUCCAGUCGAUUCCCUGAUCUCUUCAAUAACUUAGACAAGAAAAAGGAGGAACUUGGGAUUACCAGCUUUGGAGCAGCAGCUACUACUAUGGAAGAGGUUUUUCUUAAAGUGGGAGACACAGCCAGUUUUGAAGAUGAGAGUCCAUCAAGCUCAACAGAUGGUGAUUUUGUCAAACAUGAGAAUGGAUACAUGAAUGGCGCCUUCGAACCCGAAAAAAAUCAUUUGAAUCACUUAGAAAAUGGCACCUCCCAUGGAGUGUUUGGAAACACCAAUAAAGUUUAUGCGGAAAAGGGUGACUUGGAAAAUGAAAAUUUGGAAGCCCCAUAUUCAGAUAUAAUGGCAUUCAACAAGGGCUUCUCAAAGAAGACAGGGUUGGCCCUGAAAACUUCACGCAUCCGUGCCCUGUUUGUGAAGAAAGCAAUCCACACGUGGCGCAACCGCACAGUGACUCUUGUCCAGCUACUUCUGCCAGUGCUUAGCACACUUCUGGGUCUGGGAAUCAUGGAGGCUAAACCUGAAAAUAAACCACAACCACUUUUGAAACUGGACCUCUCAGCAUAUGGCAGAACAAACAUACCAUAUACAACUGGAGUAAAUUUCUCAUUGGAAAAGAAUCAUUUUGCAGAUCUGUAUGGAAAGCAGUUUGGACAGAGCCAGAACUUGGAAAACUUUAAUUUAAGCAGUACAUUGCUGACUUUCAACCUGCAGUAUAUUAUUGGACUGGAAGUUGCAGAUGCAAAACCAAAUGAAACUAUUGCUGCCAUUGCUUACUACAAUGGCCAGCCUCUUCAUUCACAGCCAAUAUCUGUCAACUACAUGAUGAACACCUUCCUUCAGAGCAGCCUGAAUGAUUCAUACAGCCUGCAGUCUACUGUACACCCUCUGCCCAAAGAUGAGAAGGAGGCUGCCAAGGAUAAUAUUCUGAGCAACCAAGGCUUGGGCUUUACGAUUGGUCUGUUCAUCACUAUUGGCAUGUCGUUUCUGACUACUCUGUUCAUGUACUUUCUGAUCAAGGAGAGACAGGUUGGAGCCAAGCAUAUGCAAGUUGUGAGUGGAGUGGGUCCCAUAACCUACUGGCUACCAACUUUCCUGUGGGACUUCAUCAACUAUAUCAUCCCCAGCCUGCUGCUUAUAGUUGUGUUUGCCAUAUUUAGCAAGACAGCCUUCAUUGGUGAUGGCAGAUGGGCAAUAGAUAUCCUCAUUCUUGUUCUCUAUGGAUGGGCAGUGCUGCCUUUUAUGUAUGCGAUACAGUUUGCCUUCACAAUACCUGCCACAGGAGUUGCUGUUGUUCUUAUGAUAAACAUUGUUACGGGUCUGGUGACAACUAUAGCAGUGUUCAUUUUCCAGAUUCCUACUAUUGGCUUAGAGAACGUCGCUGUAGGCUUGGACUGGUUGUUUACCAUUUUUUUCCCCAAUUACAACAUGGCUUCCUGUUUCAUCAACAUGUACACCAACUACGAAAACACUGAAGCAUGUAAACCAAAUCUAGUGUACUGUAAAGUCAUGGCCCAUCCCUGCUGCAAAGACAGAUGCACAACUAUUUGCUACAAAUUUGAAGAGGAAUAUAUGAGCUGGACCAAGCCAGGGAUUGGGCCUUAUCUGUUUUUCAUGGCUCUUCAAGGUGUCGUCUGUGUGGUGAUUAUUAUCCUUAUAGAGAACCAUAUUUUCCAGAGGAUCUGGUAUCUUAUCCGUGGCGCUCCAGACACCGGUUCAGAAUUUAUGGACGCUGAAAGAAGUGCACACCAGACAGAAGACAGCGAUGUGGCUGCUGAGAGACAGAGAAUCAACUCUUGCCCUGCGUCAGUUCUCUCGUCAUCAGGAGAUCCUCUGCUGCUGGUUAACCUGUACAAGAGGUACAAUAACUUUGUUGCCGUGGACCACAUCUGUGUCGGCAUUCCUGAACAGGAGUGUUUUGGUCUUCUUGGCCAAAAUGGAGCAGGAAAAACGACAACUUUCAAAAUGUUAACUGGAGAUGUUAUGGUCACAGGAGGCAAUGCUUACUUGAAAGGUUUUGAUGUUCGCAGCAGUAUUAAAGAUGUUCAGUCCAACAUGGGCUACUGCCCACAGUUUGAUGCUUUGAUUGAUCAAAUGACUGGCUAUGAAACACUGGUCAUGUAUGCACGUCUGAGGGGCAUUCCAGAAGAAAAUAUAAGCACUGUGGUCAAUAAACUAUUGGACAUUCUCUUACUGCGUCCCCAUGCUGACAAACUGGCAGGUCACUACAGUGGAGGGAAUAAAAGAAAGCUGAGCACAGCCAUAGCCUUGGUGGGUGAUCCCCCUUUCAUCAUGCUGGAUGAACCAUCUUCAGGAAUGGAUCCUAAAGCAAGGAGACAGCUCUGGAAUGUACUGUCACAAGUCCGAGCAUCAGGUCGCACAAUGGUUCUGACAUCUCAUAGCAUGGAGGAAUGUGAUGCUCUGUGUACUAGACUUGCCAUCAUGGUGAAUGGAAGAUUUGUGUGCCUGGGCAGUCCACAACACUUGAAGAACAAAUUUGGGCAGGGCUACACCCUCAUUACACAGCUGGGGGUGCUGCCAGAUGGCAACUCUGCUCCAAAUGAGCCUGUUGUUGAUUUCAUCACCUCACAUUUUCCCGGUGCAAAAGUUUUUGAUGAUCACCAAGGCUACAUACAUUUUCAAGUGCCAGAUGCUACAGUCAGACUUGCAGACAUCUUCUCCGUAAUGGAGGAGGCCAAGAAACGGGUCAAUGUUCAAGACUAUUCAGUUCAUCAGACCACACUUGAACAGAUUUUCCUCACCUUUACAAGGCAACAGAUUCAACCAAAAGAUGAAGAGAAGAAAAGCUGCAAAUUUCCAUUUUGUUGUUAA